AUUGUAUUAUAAAUAAAGAAUAUAUAGAUAGGUGAUUGUAAUCAAGUGCAAACACAUUGCUUUUCUUGCGUGAUCCAAAUCCACUAUGUGAAUUAUGUCUGUGCUCUAAUGAUAUACUACGAUUUGUAACGGUAAUGAAGGAUGCUCAUCCGAGAGCGCCAAGUGGUCACUUUUCAGCUGAUUGAUUCGCGAAUGUGUGUAACCUACAAAAUCCUACUUCCAGAUGCUCUGUAUAAGACACGGGAAAAAGCACGGUACUUCGUUGCUGUUUAACUUAGUUCCUAAAGCUUUCUAUUCACGUCGCAGUGAUAAGAGUACAAGUUCCUACAAAGUUAUCAAGUCCAAUGGCGAUUCUUUGGACGAUAUUGACAACAGUGUUUUGGGAACCAAUUUGAACUGGGAGUUAUUAACACCAAGAGGCUUCCGAUUUUAUCUGCCUGGAAGUGUAGGACCAGCAUGGUUAGAUGCUACAACCACUGCUCAAGUGAAAACUCAAUUCAUCGAACUAUCCAAUAAUGAAGAGUUUAUGGAAUCUUUAAAUGAUAAAAAUGAAUUUCAAACAAACAUAGAAAAUUGGAAAGUCAUACGGCCAAUGUUGGACUGUGUGGCACAGGAAUGUCCUAUUCUUCUGCGAAAAAGUAUAGAGGAAUUAUUUCCGGGAUGUUUAGAUGUAACUUCAUCACAACUCACCAUCAUAACGAUUAAUCAAAAGGCAAAUAUUAAGUCAAUGAGAUGGCGCAAAGAAGCAGAAACAGAGAAACUUGCCAAAUAUUUUGUUCUAGCAGCCUCUGACAUAUGCACAAAGCUUAAAAUGGUCGGCUAUUGGGCAGACUUUAUUAAUCCCUUUAGUGGACAACCCUACUUAAGUGCACGGAAGGGAGCCAAUCUAUAUGAAACUGACGAACGAUUUCGCUGUGUAGGAUUUAAAGUAGAACAAAAAAGCAAUUGCAGAAUUAUCAUGUCUGACAAUAGUUUAAAAAAUUUUAUUGGGAGUCUUUAUACCACGGCGCCGCCAAGCACUGAGUUUUUAAAACAAUUGAUAAACGUUGAAAAUGAGGAUCAAUAAAAUGUACAUGUGUAUAUAAAGAAAAGUGGUUAGUUUACUUACAUGCGAGAUCCUCUAUUGUUAACGUUUUAAAAAUUCUGGCGCAUCUACAAGCGUGAAUGAUUAGAAAGUAACAUUAUAGAAUGGAUAUGAUUUAGUAUUGAAUUACGUGUCACAAUGGAUAUGUGUUGACACAUGGAGUGCAAUUCAUUUCUUCUAUGUUUGAAAAAAAUCCAUUAUUCUUUAGCAAAAAAUUAUAUAUUGCAAUAAAACAAUUUAUAAUUUUGACAAAUUUUGUUUGAAAGAAUAUUUUUUAAUAACCAAAGAUAAAAUAUUUCUUUCCAUUUGUAUAAUAUCUCUAUAAAUUUAGGAAACAGUCUAUAAAACUGCUGUUGAUUCUUUCUUCAAGCUAAUAAAAUUAUAAAAAUUAUGUAAAAUAUAUUGGAGUUAUAAGUUUAAAUAUCCACCACAAAGGUUCUUAACUUGAAAUAUGAUUGUCUAUCGCGUGUUAAUAUUGUACAUAAUCUUUUAAUAUUAAACUAAAUUAAGUCAUAAUCACACAGACACAUAUCGUGCGCAAUACAUGUUAAAUACACAUGACAAUGGAGAUACGAUCAGCAUCACAAUUCACAAACUAGCAUAACAAUAACUAAAUAAUCACAAAAAUAAUCAUGAUUAUAUUUAUAAAUCAACAAAUUCUAAUAUCUGUUUACGCUUAUCUAACAGCUUUGUUCCUUAACUCGCUAUAUAAAGCAUCAGUUAAUUAAAACGAUGCAAUCACGAGUGCAUGCUAAUUAAAACUGUGCGUCCUAUUGCAACGGCAGCGAGGAACGUGUGACAGGUCACAAUUUAUCUUAACACAGUUAAAAUAGUGACUUAUAGAUCAUAGGUAACUUGGUACCACCAGCGGAAUGAUUAUUAAUUCGUACUACUAAACUUCAACUGUUACAAGACUUAU